AUGAAAUCCGCACAUGUUUACAAAAAGGGCGAGUCCCAACUCGACGUCCAGAUCAAGGACAUUCCCGUCCCCAAGCCAAAUGCCGACCAGGUUCUCAUCAAGGUGGUCGUGUCGGGCACCAACCCCAAGGACUGGAAGUAUUCGAUCCUGGUCAAGGGCUCGCAGGGCCUCAACACGGGCGACGACAUUGCCGGGUACGUCGAGGCCGUGGGCUCCGAGGUGACCGAGUUCAAGGUCGGCGACCGGGUGGGCGCCUUCCAUGAGAUGCGCACCGAGCACGGCUCCUUUGCCGAGUAUGCGAUCGCGCCGGCCAAGACGACGUUCCAUCUACCCAAGUCGACGUCCUUUGAGGAGGCCGCCACGAUCCCCCUAGCAGCCAUGACCGCCGCGGUGGGGCUGUAUUGUCGCCUGGGCCUGCCGGAGCCGUGGGUCGGCGGUGUUUCGCAGGCGCGCAAGGACGCCCUCGCGGGCGGAGUGGUCGUGUAUGGCGCGGCGAGCGCUGUGGGCGCAUUUGCCGUCAAAUUGCUCGUCCGGAGUAAGAUCCAUCCGAUCAUCGCGGUCGCGGGCCGCGGGAUCCCCUUUGUGCAGGGUCUGCUGGACAAAUCCAAGGGCGAUGUCGUCGUCGAUUACCGGAAAGGGGAUGAGCAUGUCGUCCAGGCCCUGCACAGCGCCGUCCCCAGUGGCCAGAAACUCAUGUAUGCGUUCGACGCGGUCAGCGAGAAGGGCAGCUACCAGAAUGUCUGCAAGGUGCUCGAUCCCAAGGGGCACAUCAGUCUGGUGCUGCCCGGGAAGAAGUACGAGGAGAUUCCGGACUCGAUCGACCAGACGCUCACGACCGUCGGGUCCGUGCAUGGAGUGCCGGACGAUCUGAGCGAUUUCGGAUACGCCUGGUUCCGACUCUUCGCCCUGGGGCUCAAGGAGGGCUGGUUCAGCGGGCAUCCCUAUGAAGUCGUGCCGGGCGGGUUGAAUGGCGUGCAGACUGGGCUGGAGAAUCUCCAGCAUGGCAAGGCUAGUGCCGUGAAGUAUGUGUACCGCAUUGAGGAGACCGAGGGUCUUGACCGGAGUAAGAUAUGA